UGUGCGAGCCUCUGAUCCUUCUGGAAACGUUGAUGACUGCUGAGAGAAAGCGAGUGAUUACUUGCCCCAGUGACACUGGGGCAAAGACCAUAGGAAGCUUGACCAAGUCGGACAGGAAGUGGGCAAGAAAAGGAAUAGACUUUAAACGACCAUAAAGAAGGACAAAGAGGAAAAUAAGAUCUCACUAAAGAGGCGACUGUGGUAGACAAAGACGGACCACACAAAGGAGGUCAUCAUGGUGAACACUGGCAUGCAGCUGAUCAGCUUCACCUGCGCGGUGACUGGCUGGAUCAUGGCGAUCGCUGUCACGGCCUUGCCUCAGUGGAAGGUCUCGGCCUUCAUUGGCAGCAACAUUCUGACCUCGGAGAUCAAGUGGGAAGGCAUCUGGAUGAACUGUAUCUACCAGACCACUGGUCACAUGCAGUGUAAGACGUACGACUCGAUGCUGGCCCUGCCUCCAGACAUCCAGGCAGCCCGUGCUCUCAUGUGUCUGGCCAUCUUCAUGGGCUGGCUCUCCUGCACCGUGUCCUGCUGCGGCAUGAAGUGCACCACCUGCGCCGGUGACGACCGCCGGGCCAAGGCGGGCAUUGCCCUCUCAGGUGGGGUUCUGUUCAUUCUGACCGGCCUGUGCGUGCUGAUUCCAGUUUCCUGGACUGCUAACACAGUCGUCCAGGAUUUCUACAACCCCAACGUGCCCUUGAUGCACAAAAGAGAGCUGGGUCAGGCUAUUUAUCUGGGCUGGGCUUCUGCGGUUAUUCUUAUGAUCAGUGGAGCUGUGCUGAGCAGCACCUGCCCCCUCAUGGAGAGGGGCGGCAGGUACCGCAGGGGCUACAUAGGCAGGAGCUUUGCUAAUUCACCUGCUUCAGCACCAGAUCCCCCAAAACCUAUCACAUCUAACAGUGUACCAUUAAAGGAGUAUGUAUAG